AUGUUUGGCUCAAUGACAGGAUCACCUUUCGCCAACCACGCGGCGACCGACAACAACACGCCCUACCGGAUGUCCAGUACCAACGAUUGGAAGUAUGAGAUGCGUCGAGAACCACAGGAGAUCAUACCGAAGCUAUGGCUCGGACCAUUCCAAGCGUCUACGAAUCUCGCCAAGAUGCAGGCACUGGGUCUCACGCAUGUAUUAUGUGUCCGCGAUAGAAGAGAAACGAGCAUGAUCAAUCCCCGCUUUCCCACAAAUUUCAUCUACAUGACUCUCGAAAUCAGCGAUUCAAUCGAUCAAAAUCUUAUUUCCAUCUUCCCUCAAUGCAGAGACUUCAUCGACAACGCGCUGAACAGCGGCGGGACCGUCCUUGUGCAUUGUAACGGUGGUAUAGCCUUGUCGCCAGCGAUAGUUAUCGGCUACCUCAUGUUCAAAUGCGGCUGGACCUCGGAGUACGCACUCCUCUUUGUCCAGAGCAAGCGCUACUGCGUCAGCCCUUCCAGCUUCAGCACCCAGCUCAAUGAGUAUGAGCCGAUUAUCUUCGCACAGCGGAUGAUGGCGCUUCAAGCAACCACGGCGAACACCGGGAAUGGCGGCGGAGUAGGUGGCAGCUAUAGCGGGAACAAGAACAAGCGGGGGUUGGCGACUGACCAUCAGAACCCUCUGAACGAAGAGGGCGAGGUGGACUACGAGCGGAAAUACCCACAACAACCGCCAGGCGGCGCAGGAGGCGGAGGGCACGCGGGCAUGGACACUUCAUGA